AUGAAAGAAGGGCCAACUCUAACACAACAACAACAGGAAGAACCGAUUGCAGAAGUUACUUACCAAGAAAUUGAUCAAGCUUUGAAGGGAAUAGGAGGUGACAAAGCUCCAGGCAUAGAUGGUUAUAGUGCAGAAUUCUUCAAGAAAGCUUGGCUAAUAACUAAAGAAGAAGUGUAUGCUGCUGUGAAAGACUUCUUUCACACAGGAAAGAUGUUCCAAGCAAUUAACUGCACUACACUCACACUCAUACCAAAAGUGGCCAAUCCAGUGACAAUAAAAGACUUCAGACCCAUUGCCUGCUGCACAGUGCUAUACAAGCUCAUCUCCAAAGUCAUAGCAGGAAGAUUACAGAAGGUCAUGCCUCAUAUCAUCUCUGAAGCUCAAGCAGGGUUUAUUCCAGGAAGGAAAAUAGCUGACAAUAUCAUCUUAGCUCAUGAACUAGUUGAAUCUUAUAACAGGAAGCAGAUUUCUCCAAGAUGCAUGCUGAAGGUUGACAUGAUGAAAGCAUAUGAUUCAGUGGAAUGGGUGUACUUGGAUCAGUUGUUAGAAUACCUAUGCUUCCCAACAAAGUUCAAUAACUGGGCUAACCUUAUUGGCACGGAAUUGAUGGGAAGAAUUUCCCUUUUAGAAAAGAAGGCCCGUAAGUCUGAUAAGACUGUUCUCGAGGCUGAGAGGCAAAAGUGGACUCUGACUUCUGAAUUAGCGGGAGCCAAGGCUUCUCCUAGUAAAGCUGAGAAGGAUAAGGAGCGCCUUGAAUGUUCAUUUUCAGAACAAUUAUCAAAGUCAAGUGAAGAAAUCAGAGAACUUAAGGCACUUUUGGCCAAGAAAGAAGAGUAUGCAGGGGAGUUAGUGCAAAACUUGACUCAAGUUCAAGCUAAUUUAAAUAUCUCUUCUGAUAAGGUACGUGCCUUAGAGAGUUCUCAUGCCUCCCUUGAAGCUUCCCUUGAUUCCUCUUUAGCUGAAAAUCAAGUGUUAAAGAAUGAUCUUGCUAUGUGGGAAAAAGAGUAUGAACUUCUUGAGGAGAAUUUUAACAUAGAGAUUGCUCUUGUUCAUCAGCACGACAUUCAGGAGCAGGAGUACCUUCACGAGAUUGAUGUGGUGAAUUUUGAGGGGAAGGAACCACGUUAA